GCCUCAGAACUGAUGAUCACGGAGUCGUGCUUCUUGCAGGGAGGCAUUUGGUAUUCGCUCAGCAUGGAUAGCGGCGCUGCUUCAGACAUCUUGGAGGUAUCCCUGGAAGAGCUUCUAUCCGCCAUUGAAAGUCCUACUUGUGAAUCGCAUUUACUGGCAGCAAGCACUCCCGAGAAGCCAGAAGCAGCAGAAGCAGCAAGUCCAUCCGGCUCCGGCCUCUUGAAGCGACGAAGGGCUGGCAACGUCACAAGCCCCAAUGUACCUCCUCAAGGAGAUCCCAGCACUGUUGAGACCGUGGUCCAGCACAUCAGCCGCUGCAGGGAGGACUGUGACCUCUUGCAGGAUGCAGGUCAGGCUGUUGGUGGGGGUGACAUCUCGCUGUUGGUGCUGCGCAGGUUGUUGCGAAGCAUGAGUUCGGCCACCGCUUCGGUACCUGAAAGUGUGCGGGGAGGCAAGAUACAUCAGAGGCUCGUGCGAUGUCUGGCAAGUGCCGUGGAGACAUGGUCAGGUGGCUGCAGCAGGCAGCAGAAGGUGGCAGUCGCCCGCCUUGCCGUUCUCUGGGAGAUUUUGGAACUGUGUACGCGAUUGCACCCAUGCUGUCAGAGUUGUCAAGAGCUUGUACGCCUUGCCUCCCUGAUUCUUCAUGAAUGUGUGGUUACACCAGACUUGUGCUCGUCACAAUUGCAGCAGGCAGUUCUCAAGACCCUGCAUGCCUUGAGCUGCGAGCCGCACUUUGCAAUCCUGCUGAAAGAUCAAGAUAGGAAAGCUGGUAACUCACUCUUGUCUUCACUGCUGGAGCUGAUGAAGAAGAGUGGUGGGGCUGCAAUUCGUCUAAUAGCUGGUACGCUGGCCAAUGCUGCUUCAGCAAGUCCGGAAUUCUGCAACACACUGAGCACAUUCUAUGUGGAUGACAGCUAUUACCGGCAGUUUGGCCGGGUGCUUGGGACAGAUGUAGAGGAUGAGAUUGCAGGAACGGAUCCCUCGCGAAGCACUUUCGCUGCAUCUUUGGCAAGGGCUUUUGCCGGAUUCUCGCCUGCUGCUUGCACUGCUUCGCAGGACGCUGAAAUCCACGUAAAUUGCGCCGUGGUGGGGCUGCUCCUUGCCUGGCUGGCGCAGGGUUCCCCUCAUGCAAGCGGAGUUUUGGAUCAACAUGUGGGAUCACAGUCUUUGAUCGACCUGCUGCGAACUUUCACGAUCUUUCAGGAUCAUUGCGGCGUGCUCACUGACACCUCCCUCAUAUGCAUGCAUAAGGUCAUUACGUCACUAACGAACCCACUGCUGCCAGAUGUUCGGCCGGCCUCGCGCUGA